GGGGUGUUAUAAAGCUGGUAUGCUGUUAAAGAUGUACUGAACACAAUUAAUUCAAAAUCUCUUUUGUUGAAGACGCAAAUAAUGAGCUGGUUAACAGCAGCAGACGGUGAACGUGUCUGUGCAUCGUGUAACGGAUUUACGUCUUUCUCUUUGAGCGGUUGGUUCUUGACCUAGUUUAGGAGCUGCCCGCAAACUAUUUCCGGCGCCACCGUUCUAUUAACUGAAAUGUUUCCGGGUCUCACGCGUAAUAAUCGUUGGAGGGUGAGGAGCGCCUCCCUCGCUGAGUAACCGCUGAUGGCGCGGGCUACAGCCGAGGUGGAGUACUCCCUCAGUGGGGAGGAGGAGCAGCAGCCACCGCCGCCGCCACCCGGGUCCACGGUCGGCUCCGUCCAGAAUCCAGUGGAUGCGUCAUAUAUCCCCACUGAAGAAGAAAGAAGAGUCUUCAAGGAAUGCAAUUGGGAGAGUUUCUACUAUCGGUCACUACCUUUUGCUGGGACGAGUAUGCUGAUAACUCAAGUUCUCAUUUCUAGAGGAAUCCUUUCUACUUCAACUCGUUUUGGAUCUAUCCCAAAAGUUGCAUUUGCUGGUAUUUGUGGCUACCUUGUAGGAAAGAUUUCCUACAUGAGAACGUGCCAAGAAAAGUUCAUGAGACUGGAGAAUUCGCCACUCGGAGAAGCUCUGCGGCAAGGACGUAGAAGAUUUUCACAUCAGCAUCAGUAUUCAUAUCCAAAGUCUGACUUUUCAGAGAGCACUGGAGAGCAUCAAACUUUACCUUCUACUUCAACCUUUCAACAUGACAUAAAUAGCCCUUACUCUGAUUACAGCUACAGUUCUCCAGAGUCCAACUACGAGUCUGUUCCAUUCAGUUCUACACUAAGUGAGUCAGCUCCUACAGGAAUUGUCAGUGCUCCAGCACCUGCUCCAGAGAGUGAAGAAUCAAAACCUCAAAGAAAGCCAAUGACGUAUGAUGAAUUGAGAAACAAAAAUAGGGAGCAAUAUGAAGUUACGAUUACACAAAAGGCAGAGUCUCUGCACAAACCAACUGCACAGAGAAUAUCUGGCAACAAAGCAAAAACCAACAAAUAUGGAGAUGCCUGGGACGAAUAAGAAAUACAGCAACAACAAUAAGCUUGUAAUAAACCCAUAAGUAUUUAUUAUCACCAUACUCUUCAGCAUUAUUUAAUCUGGAAAGCUGGACUCAUACUCUACAGAUGAGAUGACAAAAAUUACGAUGUACAUUAUACUGGAAUCCACUUCGCCUGUCACUGAUAGUAAAUCUAAGCUGGUAAUGCCAGUCAAGGACUUGUCUAUUCUGUUUCUUGUUAUGAGAAUUAUGACUUGUAGAAUUGCCACAAAUAUUCUUGUUAACACAUGCAAUCAUUUCUCAAUGAAAUUGUUUUCCACAGGAAAAAUACUCACAAAAUAAAAUAUUCCUUUAGCUUAAAGCUGCAAUGAAUAACCUUAAUAUAAAUGAUUAUUUACUAUGAUUUCUGAAAAAUGUUGCUGUUGUUCAUCAAAUUAAACCAAAAUAGUGGACUAUACUAAAAUGAUAGUUUCCAUUGUUUAUUAUAUCCAUAACUGACUACAGAAGCUUUUGUGUCUUGCACAGUUUUCUAAUUUGAUGAAUAGCCAUGGGAUCUCCUUUAUCUCCUGUUCUAUGCAAUUUAUUCAUGGACAGUUUUGAAACAAAGCCUUGGCUAUAACAACUAAAAAGGUAGACUUAUGGUGUCCAGUUAAAAGCAAAAAGUGAGGUCACAAUUAGAAAAGGGCUAAGAAGCACCUAAAAAGGUAAACAGACUGAAAGUGGCACCUAGAAGGCCUAACAAACUGUGUCAGGGAGUUGUUUACUCUAUACCUCUAAAAUCAUGCUAAAUUGGUGAUACUGGAAGGACAUUGAAGAGCAGGAUAGCGAAACAUAAGAGUGCCUUAAAAAACUUGAGAGUAGAAUGAAGUGGGAUUGCUGAACACUGCCUGUCAUGCUUAUGUAGACCAAGGUUUGAUGAGGCCAGCAUCCUUGGCAAAGAAGAGAAUGUCUACAAGAGAAAGACUGGAGAAUCACUAGAGAUGGAGCGUGUGGGGGGACCUAAAUGUGGGUUCUAAGAGUGUAGAGAUAGCUCCAGUCUGAGACCACACAUUCCUGAAGAUGGUUUGGCCUAAAAAAUUGACCAAUCCAAACAAGGCCGAUUCAAAUUAACCAGUCAAGAAUAGACAAUUCAGUAUAUUGAGCAUUUAGCCCCACUCAUUGCCCUGCUCACACGAGAGGGUAUAUAAGGAGGUGUCUCUAGGGGGACUUGUCAUUUGACUAAUUUGUGCCUAAGGAAGAUAGUCAGAUUUACCGUUGAAACUUUGCAAUCAGUAUCUGUAAAAAUGUGACUGUUAAGACUAAAGGAUAGUAUGGAUAGGUUUUAUUAUAUUCAUGACAGUGUAACUACUGAUGUAACUAUACAUUUGAGUCUUACAAACAAUUAAAUGUCUCGUGCUA